UAUGAAUUCGCAGAGGGCAAAAAGCUCAAAAGGAAAGAAGAGACAGAAGAAAACUAAAGAAACCAACCCAGACCUUCCUGAUAAGGAUAAGGAAGAACCGAAUACUACCCAAGACGAUAAGGUAUUCCUCACUGGAAUCAACAUCGAUACUGAGAAUAAAGAAUUAAUAAAAGCUGAAGAGCCUGACCAGUCUGAACAGCCUGAAUCUACUAACGAGAAAUUAUAGAGCCCAAUGAAAAUAACAAACUUAUUUCAGCUUCUCCAAAGAAAGAGGAGAAGGAGAAGCCAAUGACUUCCAACUUCUUCACAUUAUUUACGGAGAAUGAAAAGAUGGUUAAUGAAAACCUGGCUGCGACAAGACACAAGAAUAACAACUUCACUGUCCUGAGUGGCUCUAAAUUAUGGACUUUUAAGUUCGAUCAUAUUAUAAAGACUGGCAACGAGACUGUGGCCUCAAGCCAGCCUGAAGCAGAGAAAGAUGAAGAAGAACCUCCUAAUAAGCAAGAGCAAUAUGUUGAUUGUGAAGUUGACCGUUUCUUGAACAAAAAUAAAAAUUUGAUAUAUAUCAACCUUACUGAUGAUACAACUGAAAGAAUACCCUCUUAUCUACCGGAAUUCCCUAAGCUAUUCUACGAGAAAUGAAUUCAGAAGAAGGAAGCAGAGAAGCCUGAAAAAGAGAAGGAAACCGAACCUGAUAAAGACAAGGAAGAAGUCACAGAAAAGGGCUUUGACCUAAGAGUCUCAUUCCUUUUGGUGAGAGAACAUGAAAGAGUUGACUUGAUCAUCGAAUAUUUUAAUGAAAAGUUGAAAUAAGAUAAACAAACAACAGAUGCAAUCUAGUGAACAUCCUCAGUCAGAAGUGAAUCAUCUAGAUGAUCAAUCUAAUUUACAUGACAGCCUGUCCCAGUUUGAAGCAGCAAACAAUUUUAAUCUAAAACUUCAGGCCCAAGAGUUGGAGAAGGAAUUUGUCUUUAACUUCAGGACAUUCAGAGAAGUGUUUCCUUACAUCUCCUCUGUUUGUGUGAACGACCACUAUGAUAUAGAAGAAGCCUAUGAAAAAUGUAUUAAGAAGCAUCUAAAUCCAAAGAAAAAGAAACUUGCUAAUCUCUCCAACAUUGUUGUGAUCCAAUUUCAUAAAACUGAAUAUGAAAGGAAGAGGAAGAAUGGAGAAUUAGUAUCAGAAAAACAGAAAACUAACUUCUUCACAUAUAUCCAUACUCCAUUUAAUGACAAGAAUAUUAAUUGUGACGUAGCGACUAUCUCUGAGAUUAUCGGCAGAGUGAUGAAAAGGUCAGAAGCAAAGGUCUUCAGCCGCUUGUUCAGAAAAUCCCAAAUGCUAUGACGGCUGCAAGAUUUCCUAUUUCCUGCUUACCCUAGCAAGAAGGAAUUCAUGGCAACACAAACUAAACUACAGAUCACACUUGGCAAAUAUUGUGACAUUAAGAAGCUGAAGAACCUCUUCACAUUGCUAAACUACUUUAAAGAUAGGUACAAAAAUGAGUUAAUAAAUGAUGCUAAGGCAUCGCAACUCCUCAAAAAGUUCUUCAAGCAAGACUUUAUGAAAAUCAGAGAAUUUGUAAAAGAAUCCUCGAUCCAUAAACAAAUGAACGACCUUAACAAGCAUAAGAGUAAAUAUGCAGCUCCUGGAUAUGGAGAGGUCACUAUGAGUAUAUAUUCUUACUUGAUAAGUCUCUUAUCCUUUGAGUAUGAGCAGCAUAAUCUAACCUUGGCUAAUUAUAUCGAGAAUAAUGCUAUUGAAGGAUCUGAUCAAAAUGAUCCAUACAUCCAAGAAUAUGCAAGGACUUAUGAGAAGGAUUCCCGCAUGAAAAGGAGAGACAACUCAAGCCAAAGAGCACUAGUCUUAGCGAGUUAUAGCCAACCUCGUGAACCUAUUGAAGCUCACCAGAAUCCAGAGAGAAUAGAUAUCGAGAAAAGAAUCUAUAUUGAUAGUCUUAAGAGACAUUUGAGUAAUAGAUUUGAGAAGGAACCUGGAGGAGGGAAAUACCAAGGAGGUCCAGGAGAUCUUAGAGCGUAUUUUAAAAGUGACCGGUCGAGAUUUUCAACGCAUAUGCCUCAUAUAUCUAAAAACAGGAUGUCCAAUGCUCAUAGCACAAUGGGCCAACGUCGAACUACGAAUCCAUCAAAGCAUAGAUUAAUUAGGAUAAGUAAUGAGCAGUACCAUACUUCUCAACAAAGAAGACAUAUAAUUCCAAAUAUGAAAUCAGAGUCGCAUAGAAGUGGGCCAUUGUAUAACAAUGGGAAAAUGAGUAGAAGGAGGAAAAGAGAUACAGAGACUUACAAAUAACUUCAACAACAUGGGCAAUCAAUCAAUAGGUGCUCCUAUAAAGGAGAGCUCAGAUUACGCCGAAGGCUUAAAAAGAUCUCAAGGCGAGAAUGAUCCUCAUCCUUACGGCCAAAAUGAAGGAAACGAUGAACCACAGAGAACGCUCGAGUAUAAUGACAACACCAGCGGGUCAAAUAAAGAGCAGCAUCGCUUCUCUAAGACUAGGCCUAAGCGUAAACGUCCAAAUUCUCACCACAGGAAACUGCAGAACCCCCACCAUCCUAAGUACAUGAGCAUCCGCCAGUCCAAAGGACUUUCGAUAAAGCCACGAAAUGCUACUACAGGAGAAGGAUCCUUGCAUAGGAGAAACAAUCUGAAUCAACAAAGAGCUAGGCUUGUGAUGAACAAUGAGUCAAAGAUUAGGAACAUGUUCAAAAUGAUACCAUCAAAGCCGAUAUUAUCAUCAGUCCUUAAAAGAUAA